AGAAUGAGGCGGUGUGUGCGAGUUCGUGUCGCUUCACAGGCGACGGUCGGCCGGGAGUCCACUUCGUCCCCGGUCACACGUACCAAUUCCAGUACCAGGGCGAGGCGGUGACCUCAGCCAAGGUCACGGAAGGUCAGGAAUCGAGGUUCUCUGUGAAGGCGGCGGUCAGCAUCAGCGCCAGGAACCCGUGCGACUUGAAGAUGGAGGUUUCGGAAAUCGGCGUGGAGGGAAUCCCCGAGGACCAGAUCGCCGGCUUCGUUGCUUCCGUCCAGACCUACGACCUCCACUUCAGCUACCAAGAUGGCGAGAUCGAGUACCUCUGCCCACACGAGAAGGAGGACCCCGCGGCCACCAACUUCAAACGAGGGGUUCUGUCGGCUCUCCAGACCACGGUGACCAAAGUGGACGACCAGACCGAAGUGGUGGUCAAGGAGAUCGACGUCGGGGGAGACUGCGAGACGAGAUACAGCAUCCAGAACACGGGCAAGCUCACGGUGACGAAGAAGAAGGAGAACUGCCGCUCAACUGCCCAUUUCCCUUAUAUUCCGCACGUUCGUCAGGCUUCCUACUCCUCCAGCGGCGACCUGCCCUUCUUCAGAAGGACCCAGUCGUGUCAGCUGAUCCUCGGAGACGCGGUGUGGGAGCGAGUGGAGUGCACGGAGGAGCUGCAGGUAGAAGGGAGUACCUCGUCCUUGGCCUCCGUGCUCCUCACUUCAAGACUCGAGCUGCAGGACGUCCUCGGGGCCCGUUCGGACAUCCAGGAGGGCUUCUUCUCCCUCGAUGAGCCGCUGACGAGGAAGGAAUCGCUCAGGAUGGACUUGGAAAGCAGCGCCUCCUUGGCUGAGCCUCAAGGAGAUCAGGACGCGUUGAAGGCCCAGCUGGAGCAGACCCUCGAGUAUCUAGUGGCCUCCCUCAAGGACGCUAAGCUGCAGGAGGGUCGUCCUUUUGCCUUCGCUGGGCUGGUGAGCCUCAUGGGGCGUCUCGAGGGCGACCAGCUGGAGCGACUGUGGGACGACUACCGAAGCAAGUCUGAUUACAGAGAGUUCUUCCUGGACGGCCUCACCUCCUGCGAGCGCGAGCAGUGCGUCCGCCUGGUGGCCGCCCUCGCCCAGGAGGACACGGCCGCCCUCCCCGACAGCCGCCUCAAGACGUGGCUCGCGGGCGUCCACUUCCACGCCCACGCCGACCCGCUCUCCCUCCAGCACGUCAUGGACCUCGCGAACUCCUACACGGACGUCCCCAGCAGCGUCCUCCUGGCGGCGUCGAGCAUGGUGCACCGCCUCUGCCGCGACGACCCCCUCCAGUGCCGCUCGCAGGCGCAGCCCUUCCUCGCCUACGUCGAGGAGAAGGUCGGCGACACCUGCGGCUACGGCGAGACGCGGGACCGGCAGCGGGAGGUGAUGGUGGUGCUGAGGGCGCUGGGGAACGCCGGCCUGCUGCCCUUCGAGGCUUUCCCGGAGAAGUGCUACCUGAACAGGGCCUUGGCAUCCGACGUCCGCACGGCCGCCCUGCAGACCUACCGCCGACUGGGAUGCGUCCGUACCGACAGUCCGUGGCAGAUUUUAGAAGAUGAAUACGACAGCGUUGAGGUGCGAAUAAAGGCCUACCUCGCCCUGGUUUCCUGCGCCUCCGAAACCCCAGGAUUCUUCAGCAGGAUCGAGAAGGUCUUGGACAGGGAGACCGUGCACCAAGUUGGUUCCUUCAUCUGGACUCACGUGCGGAACCUGGCGGAGGAACCCGGCGUCAGCGAGUACGACCAGGAGCUGGCUAAGUUGGCCUCGCAUCCUACACUCAACUCCAAGUUCAACACGAAUCCUCUUCGAUCCUCACGCAACUACCGUUACGCCCACUUCAGUGAAAUACUGAACGGAGGAGGAAGCCUGGACAGCAACGUGAUCUUCUCGGAUUCCUACGUCCCGCGCCACGCCUCUGUCAACCUCACCGUAGACAUCCUGCAGAACUCCUUCAACGUGUUGGAGAUCGGGGGCGAUUUCGUGGCCCUCGAGGAGUACGUGGAUAGGAUUCUGGGCCGGGAGGCGUCCAAGGACCAGAUCGAGAAGGAGAAGAUCCUGAAACUGCAGAGGCUCUACGACGAGGCAAGGACAGUCAACGAGCUGACGGGACUCGACGACCACGAGUCCAGGGCCUCCGUCUUCUUCAGGGUCUUCGGCCACGAGGUCGUCUACUUGGACAACGUGCUCAAUAUCAACCCCCUGGAGACGCUCCAGCAGCUCGUCAGCGAGUUUACGGUGCCCAAGUCAUUCCAGUUGCUGAACCAGGAGUGCGUGAGCCCGACCCUCCUCGGCUUUCCUCUGCGCCUCAAAGUGAACGCGACCGGCUCUCUCGUCCUGACCCGCGACGGAACCUUCGAGAUGACGGGCCACGGCGUCAUGCUGGAAGGGCACCUGAACCCCUCAGCCGUCGUGGCCGUGGAGGAGACCCUGGCUGUCGACGGGUUCGGUUUUCUCAGCGGCAUUCGGAGGAGGACCACGCAGACCUCCCAUAUGCAACUUGGCCUGAAGGUGGAGGUGGUCAAGGGUCAGCUUGUGGACGUGCAGCUGAACAUGCCGGAGGAAGAAAUUGCCCAGGUGAGGUCUUCUGUUCAGGUGGGACUCUAUGACAACGCGCAGGGCGGCUGGAAGGAGCUGCAGGAGCCCGAGGAAGCAGAUGGGGAAGGCCCGUGCACGCCAGACACCUUCAAUAAGGUCGUUGGUCUCAAGUUCUGCGCAAACAGAGGUCUGGUGAUCACUCGAACUGAUACCUUCGACCACUAUAAAUUCAGCUUCGAGAACAGGGACGGGAAAGCUAAAGUUCUCUUUGACACACCCGGUUCGUCAGUGGACCGGCAGUUCAGUCUGGAGGUGAACACUAACCCUGAGAACUUCGGCGGCUCCCUCGUGUUCCCUGGGAAGCGCUACGACCUGAAGGGGGAGGCCGUGAGCACGCAGCGCAGGAAGAGGUUUAAGAUGAAAUACCUCGAAGACUCGAACACCAAAGGCGAGUUAGACUUGCUCAUCAACAGGAGGGAUGAAGGAUUUAAGGUCUCCUACACGUCGGGGGCCAAGUUGAAGUUGAAAGGCAUCGGAGACUUCAGCCUGAACGGGAAGUUGGCGGUGGGCGACGACGCUCUCUCCGUGGAAGGGACCCUCAUAUCCAGCCUGCAGUAUGAGCCGAUAGCUUUCAAGGCCUCGUGGGAGAGGGACGGCGACCAGCACUCUCUCGAAGGCCUGUUCGCUGCCGGCCAGUUGGGAUCAGCCACCGGAAGCGCCUCCGUUGCCCCGAGCAGCGUUAAAGCACAGCUGAAGGGAGACUACAGUUACGACCGGCCGGAACCUCACACCUUUUCCGUCACGUUGGAUUUGGCGAACAAGUCAGGAGGGAGAGGGAUGUACAAGGGACAUGUGACAGCCACGUCGACUCAAGCUGAGGUCAACCUUGAUGUCUCGUAUCUUUACCAAGAGAACCUCCUGGAGUUCAUGGCUGACACCGCCGUCUUGGGCAAAGAGACGAAGGCACAGCUGGUGUUGAGGAAUGUGGCAACCGAAGCCGACAGAGACGUGCAGCUGAGCGCCUCCUUCGCGUGUCCACAGCUGGACGUCGACUAUUCAGCUGAUUUCAUUUAUUUGAGCACGCCCACCGCCCUCAGACUGGAAUCGGGCGUCGGCCUCGGGUCCCUGGUGCAGGCCAAGGGCGCCUUCACCUACGCCUUCGAGGAGGAGCCGUUCCGAGCGCUGGCGGGCGUUCACUUGGAGCUGAACGGCCGCGGAGCCAAGGCCGCGUUCGAUUUCGAUCUGAGUCAGUCUCACCGCGCCCUCGGACUCGUCAGUGUCAGCGUUGGGUCAGCGUCUUCGGAGCUUCGCGUUGACCUCCAGUACGACCCUUCCCGACCACUCAAUGUAACCCUGGAGGCACUUGGGGGCAAUGACCCCAUGACCUCGUCGGGGGUCACGUUGCACACCUCGUCUGAUCCCUCGUGGACGGUCUUCCAGGGGAACGCAAGGGUCAAGUGGCAGGAGUGGUCGUCGAGUAUCUCCCACAACGUGACCUGGCUUCCGGAUUCCAAGGCCAUCCAGGUCAUUCUCGGCGACGCUCACGUGAUGGAGGUCAAGGCGGAGACGGCUCCCGAUCUGCUCUUCUCUGUCCUUCUGAGCAGCGACCAGGCGAGCGCAGAGCCGGAAUUCCAGGCGGGGAUUCAGAGAGUGCAGAGUCCAGUACAAACCGACUUCAAGCUUUACCUCACGUCCGGCACCGACAAGCUCUUGCGCUUCACUGCCGUCGUUGGAAGCAACCAAACCUUCGGCGGGAACUUCAGGCUUCUGGAGAGUCAGCUCGAGGUCAUAGGUUCUUACGAGCACCCUUAUGCAGGUGACCUCCAGGGCACUGCUGCCGUGCGCAUGGUCUUGCCCUCAGGCCAGACGUACUCGAGUGACCUAGCUCUCAACCACACGUAUGAUGGGGUCACCAGGAAUUUAAUGGUGUCUUCAACGUAUGGCGACGAUAUGUUAAAAGGUCACAUGACCAUCAAGCAAGAGGAUGGUUGGUUCUCAGAGCCUGUGCUUGCCUUUGCCCUCUCGCUGUCCACUCCUUUCACUCGCUUGGGCAACGUGGGCUUCGCUAUGGAGAGCCGCGGAGACUCCUCGCCGAGCAGCGCAGAAUUCCAGUGGGAUGAGUUGAAAGUGCGAGCGGAAGCCCAGUUGGAAGAUCUGUCGCAGUUGGAAAUGAAAUUCCUCUAUGAAGACGGGGGGACAUGUGACUCCCACUUUCACCUAUACAACAAGUACAGGGAUGGCCACUAUAUGACGGGCAUCAGCCUCGACCUCACAGCCUCAUAUGAUCCUUGGAUGGUUGAGGUCAACACUACUCUGGGUUAUGGGACUUCCGACCUCAUGAUAAACGUUGGAGCACCUGUGUUGAGCUCACCUUAUCAGGCUCACCUGUCUUAUGAAUUAACCAGCACCAUUUUCGAAUUUGAUGCCCAGAUUGGAAUGGCAGAAGGAGAGUCGGCUGCAGUGACAUUCUCAGGGCAGAGAGAGGCGGGUUGGGAUUCAGUCAUGAGGUCUGGAUCUCUGAUGGUAGACACUCCUUGGACUGAACCGUUGGUACUUAAUGUCACUAACUAUCAGGAAUCGGACUUAAUUCAUGUCUCUGUAGAUUUAACUUCGACUCUAGGUGGCAUAAAUUCUGUGAGAUCAGAAUUUGGAAUUUACUACACAAAGCCUGGUGAGACACAACUUCAGUUUAAUGUUACUCAUGAGCAACUAGUGAUAGAACUGGAACUCAACAACAAACACAGUCGAAAAGGAUACACGCAACAACUAAAAGGAACUGUAAAUGACAUAGAAAUCACCUAUGCUCUGGAGACAGAGUGGGAUCACAGCUUCAUUCCAGAGACUGCAGAUGGACAGAUUGCCAUCACCAACUUGCUUGAUCACAACCUGAAUCUGACAGUUUCGCACAACAGAAACUCCAGCACAUUUUCAACGAAGAUAUUUGGAUCCUGGGGAGACCAGUUGCUUCAAGCGAGUCAUAUAUUAGAAUUCCAAAACUUAUUAGAUUGGUCCAGUGUUGCAAACAUUGUUCUUCCCAGCAAAGAAGAGAUCAAAUCCGAGUUAUCUCUGUCUGCAGAAGCCGACUUUUCUUCGUUCCAAUCAAACCUUAAUUUCACCUCACCAUGGACAGAUAACAUAGUGACUGUGGCUACAGCCGUGCCCGAGGAUUCUUCUAUUAUGUAUGAACUUAUCAGCAUUCACAGAGAUUCUGUCAUUUCAAGGGCAACUCUGAGAAGCAGUAGAGCAUUUGGUUGGGAUCAUUCUGAUUUUAUGCUAGACGUGUCGUCAACAUACUUUGAGAACUGUUCUAUUGCUUGGGAACAUGGAGUGGAUUAUGGCAAUUUAAUAUUUAUGGAAGCGACCUAUGGAUCCGACUUUUUAAUUCAAGCGACGAGUAACCUCACAUUCAGCCAAGGGUGGUUUAGCCAAGAAUUUUCAGAGUAUUUGCUACUAGCUGAAGUUAGAGCUCCGGUACAAGGGAUUAACUUUAAAGCCAACUUACAUUUUGACUCGCAGUACAAUGGUAAUGUGGAAGCUUUGUGGGACGGUUCCUCAGUAAUGGCAAAGUCUGCCAUUUUUGAUGGUGUUAUCUUUAAGACGCUGGUGGACAUACCUGAUCACAAAUACCAGGCUGAUCUUGAAUACACUGAAGGAAUCAAUGAGAUACCGAACUUUGAUUUCAAACUAGCAGUAAAAGAUGAAGAGAUUCUCAUUGUCAAUACUACAACCACAUCUCUGUACCCCAAGCUUGAUGUACAGCUCACCUUCCAGGUCCUGACAACUCCAGGUGCUCUCAUGCAGACUGGAAUGCUGAAUGUCACCAUGGACUUGUCUCAAGUUGAAGACUUUACCUUCUUAGGAUCUGUAAGGUUUCUUUCAGACUUUGCAGGCUUUGAAAACUACGGGCUUCAUGUUGAAACUAACGUCAAUCUUAAUCCCAACAGCUGGGAUGUAGGAUUUGACAUUAAAUUGUUUGCCAAUGAAGAGACUUACAACUUAAGCACAAGUGCUUCUCUUGCUUUGGAUGAUCUGCCCCAUCUCAAGUACGAGAUGGCAUAUGACAUGAAUUUCAAUGACCAGCUCCUUGACCAAAAGGAAGUCAAUUUCAUGUUUGGGAUUCCCCAAUAUGGCAGCUAUCAAACUAAUGUUACUCUCGUUCUUGCCAGUGACAUACCUCAGUGGGCUUUGUUUAUGUCCUACAAUAACACAGGGAAAGACAUCAAGGGCUAUGUUAUUCCUGGAGAUGAGAAUAAGUACGAGGUGGCUGCCAGCCUCAAUACCGAUAAUUUGGUCUUUAACAGCCAGAGAGUUGGCGAUGAUGGUUCGACUUUUAUAGCUGCCGAAGGGAAAAUUACCUGGGAUGUUGACAGCCCUAGGAAACAAAUAACACUCACCAUGAAUUCCGAUAUUGAAGCCGUGAAAGAAGUUUCUGGCGAGAUCCUCAUCACAGAGAGUCGUGGCUUUGAAGUCAGUGCAAAUUUCAUGCUAAAUCAACAGAAGUUCACUGCCAAUCUUCGGUAUGAGGCUCGAGGUUCAGGUACUUCUGGAAGGGCUGUGUUGGAGGUAGAAAUAAUCAAUUUCUGGAGUUUAAAUUUGAAGCCAACUUUGAGUUCUUCUUCACAGACGAAGAAUUUAAAGCAGAUUUGAAGAUAAAUGUGAAUGA